ACGAAAACUGUACAACCACAACAGCAACAACAAUCAUCAUCAAUGUCCAAUAAUCAAUCAUUGAAUGCAUUAACAGUUGCUGCGGCUGCGGCUGCCGCCGCUGCUUGUUCAACAAAUUUUCAAGAAACAUUCUUUAUGCUUAAUGAUGAUGAUAAACGACGGAUUCUUCAAUCAUUUAUCUAUAAACAACUGAAUGGUGGUGGUUGUUUCACUGAACUUAUGUGCAAUGAUGAUGAUGAUGACGAUACAAUUAUAACUACCGAUCUGAACGGUAGUAGUCAGAUAAUGAGCCAUAAUAAUACAAAUGAUUCGUCUACUGUCCAACAUGUUAGCAGUAAAAAUAAUAAUUCUGAUCAAUUAUCAUCAUCAACCAAAUCACGAUCAUCAUUUGAUCAUACAGGAUCUAAAACCAAUAUGCCAGUGAUUCAUCGAAAUCAAUCAGAUCUAAUGCAAACACUAUUUCAAACAUUCAUGUCAUCAAAAGCAUCAUCGGUUUCAUCAAUGUCCGAAAGCAACAACAACAACAAUAAUAAUACAAUUACAACAUCCACGGCUGAUUUAGUAAAAUCACAAUAUCAUGGUGGUAUUAUCGAUGAUCCUGGACAUCGAUUUUGUUCUGCUUGUAAUAUACAAUUUAUGUCAAGUAAAACCUAUAAGGUUCAUAAAGAAUUAUAUUGUUCAACAAGACACUUGACACAUUCACAACAACAACAAAUCAAUUCAUCGUCAUCAUCUUCAUCAUCACUAUCAUCGACCAUUAUAACAACAAUAUCACCAUCGAUUGUUAAUCAAUUAAACUCUAAUAAUAAUAAUAACAACAAUCAGAAUAAUCAACAACAACAACAACAACAACAACAGAACAACAUGACGUGUGGUAGUAAUACUAGUAGUAAAUCAUCAUCAUUGGCCAAUUCACAAACAUCAUCCGGUAUUGGUUCAUCACCACCACCAUCAUCAUUUUCAUCAUCAUCACCAAAUUCAUCAUCGAAUUCAAUAUCAACACGUAAACCACCACAUAUCUUGCCAAAUGAUUUACAAGAUAAUAAUCGUAAUGAAUCCACGAAUGAUAUUGUUAUGGAUGAAUGUAAUAAAUAUACGGACUUUCGUUCACUAUUUCCUGGCCUAUUGCCCGGUGGUACAUCAUCAUCAUCAACAAUUGUACCGAUAAAUGGAAUGGCUCAACAAAUUAAUGAAUCCAUUCAUAAUACAACACCAAUUUAUAUUGUACUCUCAGCAAAUCCUUUGGUUCUAAUACCAUUUUCUUUCAACAAUGUUACCAAUUCAUUUGAACCAUUACCAAGUUUAGCUGCCAAUCUAGAUGUUUCAAUUGUGGAAAAUCUUAAACUUUUGGCUCCAUCAUCCAGAUCAUCAUUAAUGUUUCCUGUUGGUCUUGAUCCUUCAUCAUCAUCAUCAUCAAUGCAACCAUUUAUAACAACAUUUGAUGAAAUGCGUAAAUCUGUUAAUCUAAAAUCAACAAAUUUUUCAUCGCCAAAAAAAUGCACUGCUACUGAAAAAUCUCAUCAUCAUCCCAAUAUCAAUAAACGUUCCCAUUCAGAAUCGAAUCCUGAUCAACCAUUAGAUCUGUCGUCUAGUGGUUCACCUGUAACAAAACGUUCGAAAUCAGAAUCGGAUAAUCAGGACAGUAUGAUGAUUAUAAACACUGAUGAUUCUCCAGUGAAAAAAGAAAUGGAAAAUGAAAAUUGUGAAGAAUCAAUAUCGUCGUUAACUAAUAAGGAUCAGCAACAGCAAACAUUCCAAGAACACAUGAACAAUUUGUUACAGAAAUUUGCAAUGAUGCAAUCGAUGAAUUCUGUGGUUGGCGGUGCACCACAUGCAAAUGCAAAUCUUGUACCUUCAUCAGCAUCAGAUUCUUCACAAUUGGCAUCACAAUUGUUCACCGGUGGCCAUCAAUCAAAUCAAUUAGCAGCUGCAUUAACCUCCUGUGACAAUCCAGCACUUGCUCAAUAUUUAGCUAUGGCUAUGGCUGCAUUGACUGGUUCAAAUGCCGGUUCGAAUCAAAACGUUGCAAAAACAUCGAUUCCAAAUCCGAAUAAUAAUCCAACAAUACAGCAAUCGAUCGAUUUUUCAUCACCACAUGUUGAUGUCGUUGUGAAACAAGGUAAUUCACGUUGUAAUGAAUGUAAUAUUGUUUUCUACAAACACGAAAGUUAUCUUGUACAUAAAAAACUGUAUUGUGCUUCAAGAAGAAAUCACGAUUCAUCAUCGAUUAAUCGAUCUAUUAGUCCGAAUGAUUCACGUAAUUCCGGUGUCAACAGUAUUAUCCCGACAAACAAUCGUCCAUCGUCGGCUUUAUCCAAUUCUUCAUCAUUAUCCUAUACACCUUCUACGAAAUUUGCAUCGAAUUUGCACGUGCCCACCGAACUGAUUGGACCAUCAUCGCUGAAAACAUCCAGUUUGAAUCCUGAUGAAACACUUUCAUUAUCAACAUCACCAUCGAUGCUAUCAUCACGUGAAGCUGCUUCGGUUAGUCCGGCCGCUGCUGCUGCAUUGCUUUCACCAAAUAAACAAUCGGCUGUCUUUCAAUAUUUUUGUGCUGCCUGUGGUAUCAAAUACACUUCAUAUGACAAUCUUUAUGCCCAUCAAACUUAUUAUUGUUUGAAACGUAAUAAUAAUGGAUCAACAGCCGCAGCAGCAGUUCCAGCUUCUGCUGCUACGGCUGCUGUCAUAAAUGCGGCACCCAUAUCACCGGCAACCGUUGUAAGUCCAUUGCCAACUUCACCAGUUCCAUCUGUUUCUGUUCCAACACCACAAUCAUUAUUAACUCCACAAUUAUUGGCUGCAGCCGCAUCGCUUGGAGCUGCUGCAACACCAACUACUUCGGCAGCGGAAGCACUAUUGGAUUUUACCUCUCCAACAUCCUUAUCUCAACAAUGGAAUGCAUUAGUUACUGCUGCGGCUGUUGUUGGAGCCAAAACCGGUGCUUCAAUGACCAACAAUGGUUUAAUUGUUGGUGAUUAUAAUUGUCAUAAAUGUAAAGCAUCCUAUGUUAGUCCCGAAACGUUGGCUGCACAUGUUUGUAGUGCUGAUUUGCGUUUGGAACAAAACGAAAAACCAGCCAAUACAACACCAUCGACAUCUUCGUUGCAAACAUAUAAAUGUACUAUAUGUGGCUACAAAGGACACACAAUGCGUGGAAUGCGUACUCAUGUACGGGUCCAUACGGAAGAAUUAGCAACGACCGGUGCAUUUGAAGAAGAUUUUAUUGUACAGAAUACUGAUCUACCUGAACCAUCAGUUGGUCGCAGAUCAAGUCAUGGAAAUUCUCUGACGAAUCCUUCUCGGCAACGACGUCGUAGUAAUAAUAUUGAUGCACAAUUAUUAUCAUGUCAUUCGAAUGCAUCACUUUCAAGCAAUGAAACAUUCGAUAGUGUUAUUCGUAGUACUGUUUCCAAUUAUCUUGAAUCAGCAGCUCGAAGAACUAAAGAACAACAGCAUCAACAACAAGCUAUUGGUGAACAACAACAUCAACCACAGCAAAAACAACAACAAUCACAAUUAAGGAAAACAUCAAGCGUGUCACCAUUGAUUAGUGAAAAUAGUCAAAAUCAACCACCAUCACAACAAUCCUCAUCACAAUCAGCUUUACAACAACAGCAAAUCCAGAAUCAUAAUUGUCAAUUCUGUCCAUAUACAUCGAAUUAUAAAGGAAAUGUUAUUAGACAUAUUAAAUUGGUACAUAAAGAAAUCAAUGGUACAUCGUUAGCUUCAUCGAUACAACAACAACAACAUCAACAACAACUAGUAAAAGAAGCCAUAGAUGUAUUAAUGGGUGUUGAUUUUAUUGGUGGUGGUGAUGGUGAUUUAUCAUCAAUUGGUACCGAACAAACAACCGAUAUGAUUAACACCAUACCAGGUAAAUCAUCCAAAUCGCCUACACCAAAUAAAUUAAUGAAUGGUUGUAUUGCUACAUCGUCGGCAAUUGAUUAUUCAUCAUCGUCAUCGUCAUCAUCAUCGCCACCACCAUCAUCUACAUCGACCAAUAAUAAUGUAUCAAUGAAAAUAGAUUCAAAACAAAAACUUAAUCAAUCAUCAUCAUCCACUGCUGCUAAAAGUCCAUUAUCCAAUGCAAUUACAACAACAGGUAACACAGCAACAACGACUACUACGCUGACCAAUAAUAAUAAUAAUGAUAUAGAUAGUAAAUAUUGUAGUGCAUGUAAUAUUUCAUUUACAUACCGUAAUUCAUAUUUGGCACAUAAACGAUAUUAUUGUUCAUCAAAUCAUAAUGAAAAUACAUGAUGAUCAUCAUAUGGAAUAAAUAUUACCUAUUUGGUUCUGAUUCUGAAGACAUGAUAUUUAGAAAAUCAUGAAUCUUUAUUCUGUAGAAUUUAUUCAAAAAAUUUAUUAGUAAUUCUGGUCACACUUUUCGCAUUCUGUCUCUCUUCUCAUCAUCAUCAUCAUCAUCAUCAUCUUCAUAAUUAUUAUUUAAAUGAUCAUAUAAAUCGAUUGUAUUUA